AUGAAUUACAUAAGAGGGCAAGGAAACUUUCAGAAUAGAGGUUUCAACCAGAAUUUUAGGAAUCAUCCUAACUUAUCCUACAGAAGCAACAAUGUUGAAAAUCCUCAAGAUCAGGUCUAUUCGCCGCGACCUCAGCAGGGAAAUUUCGCACAGGACUUCCAAAACAAUGGGACAGGCUUUGGAGGAUUGAAUUUCCAGCAGAAACCUCAAGGGAACAACUUCUCACAAGGUUAUCAAGCACCUCCACCACAAUCUACUGCCCCACAAGAAAGUAAAUUGGAACAGAUGAUGCAUGCAUUGAUGGAAAAUCAAAAGAAAAAUGCAAUUGAGGUGAAUGUCAAGAUCGAUAACAUGUAUUCAAAGCUGAAUGGAAGAAUAGAAACGUUAAACACUCACAUGCGAGUGUUAGAGAAGGCACCUUCAGGAACACUUCCAGGGAAAAAUGAGGCUAAUCCAAAAGAAUUCUUGAAUGUCAUCACCAUUCGAAGCGGCAAGGAACUGAGAGAACCGCAACAAAAAGAAGGGACUGAUAGAUCCACUAACAAGACUAGCCGAUCCACGAUACAGGAACAGAAAAGUAACUCCGAUGAGGUUCCUAACGCAGCUACGAACAACAUUGUAAUCUCUAGUACAGAAACUGCAGAAGGAGAACAACCCUGCAAACCCCAGCCGCAAUAUGUACCCAAGCUUCCUUUUCCCACACGUCGCAAAUCUAAGAUACAAGAGCGGGAGUACGCAAAGCUGAAAUCAGUGGUAGGAGAGCUUCAGGUCAGAAUCCCUUUCAUUGAGGCAGUCCGGAUGGUUCCAUCUCUUAAGAAGUAUAUGAAGGAGAUCCUCACUGAUAGGCUCAGCUUGGAGAAGGGAGUUAUGUAUCUCACGCAAGAAUGCAGUUCAUUGCUUCAAAACCGAAUGCCAGAAAAAUGUGGAGAUCCAGGACCAUUUAUGCUGCCUUACACAAUAGGAGAUCUCAAGUUCAAUCAUUGCUUCUAG